AUGGCGCGGGUCGGAUCAUUCUAUGGGCUGCUGGGUGUGACGACAGAAGCCACGACGGAAGAGAUCAAAUUGGCCUUCAAACGACGUGCCUUGCAGGUCCAUCCGGACAAAGGUGGAAGCAAGGAGGCCUUUCAUUUGGUCUACCAAGCCUUUGAGAACUUGGCGGAUCCAGAAGCCCGGAAGCGCUACGACACUCAGAGAGCGACCAGCGCGUCAUCCAAGCAGAAGGCGAAGCCGAAGAAGUCGGCACAGCCUGAGAAGCGUGCGGCACCACCGAAGCCAGAGCACACAAGUCAGGCGUCAGGCACGAAGCAAUCCGAGACACCGAGGAUGUUUUCACACAAGCUGUUGACAAGGCUCUAUGAACUCUUGAAAAGACUCCCACGGGAGGUUCGAAAUGACAUCAUCCAGAAGGAGUUCACACAGAAGCAGCGAAUGCUUUUUGAGAAGUGGAUUGUGAAUCAGCGGGAAGCUGAGACUAAGAGAGAAACUGAGCAAGCCGCUUCCAUGAUGCUAUCUUCAAGUAGUGCUGCAAAGCAGGAGGCUCCUACAUGCCACACAGGACUAGAACCGCCAGCACAAGAACAGACAAUUGCUGCAAAUUCCAGCACUUUGAGUCUGAUUCCUGCACAACCCAGGUCUUGGAAAAAGAGGAAACAGAAGGUAGAAGUGAGAGGUGUAUGUAAGUGCACACGUGGGAGCGGAUACACUGCUCAGGUGGGUUUGGAUUCACUUUGUAUACUCUCAAGGGAGUGUGAUUUGCCAACAGCCAUUGAGUUUUUGAUCAUCCUGUCAUCGGUGAAGCAGAGAAUGCAAGGUUCCUCGCAGGAUGCUGAAGCCGUGUUCAGAAGUCGACUUGCAGAAGCACUGGAGCAAUCUCUAGCUGAGCAUGCCAGGAGCUAUGACGACCUCAGCCCCCGUUUUACCAUUCAGCACCGUAUUAGUUACUUUCUCGGGCCAAACCGCUACCUCCGGUCACCUACCAUUCGAUCACUCCAAGAAGUUGCGAAGCUCCGCAGUCGCCUCGCACCAUUUCGCGAGUGCGUGUUGAAGCCUGGUCAGCACUCUGGGGCCAUCAUUUGGCGCUAUGGCCCGAGUGACCUUGAGGGCGUGUGGGCUCGUAUCCAAGAGGUGGUCAAGGAGAUGUGGGAAAACACUGGAGAAGGUCGCAGUGCGGCCCAGUUGCGGAGAAUGCGUGCUUUGUACAAGUCACGUGCACGUGUUCGCAGCAAACACUUGCAGCGUUGGGAACAACAGCAUAUGGGCAAGAAUGACAAGUCUGCCAGAGUCCGCCCUCGCGUCAAGAGGAAGCGACAAGCAAUCGACAAGCUGCUGUUGGUCAGAAACUUGCUUCUUCGAUGGCACAAUGCCUUGAAGAAGCAAGAGCAAAUGGCAGAGUGCCAGCGACGGAAGGUUUUGCGUCAGCGAAAGAAGGAGCAGACGGACCGUCGACGGCUUGAAGUGUUGAAGCGCAAACGUGCGAGGGAAGAGCAAGCGGCAAAUCGCCUCAGGAGAGAGGCUUUGCGGAAGAGGAUGAAGGCUGAUCUCACGAUGGAUGAGAUCUUUAGUCGUUUGGAUGCAAAGAUUGGUUCCUCGAGGUUCGGAUGGCAUCGAAAGUUCCGCGCCGCGCGUUCAGUCUGA